AUCACACUAUCAAACCAGCAACUGAAUGUUAUUGAUUAACUGAUGUUGGUUGUGGUUUCUCGAUGAUAGGGAUAUGAAAGAUAGAUUGAAAUGGCAUUCUGUGUGUAUAGUAUAAGUAUAACAAUACUGAAGCGAAGUCAUGUCGAAUUGGGACAACAACGAAGAGAUACAAAUUCUGCGGAAAUAUUUACGCAUUCCCAGUGUCCAUCCAAAUAUCAAUUAUGAGCCGUGUGUUGAUUUCUUAAAGGAACAAGCACUGAAUUUGGGUCUGCCUAUAUCCGUUGUCUAUCCAGUUAAUGAUAAGAAUCCAGUGGUUAUCAUAACAUGGAUUGGAUCUCAGCCAAGCUUGCCAUCGAUUAUGCUGAACUCGCAUAUGGACGUAGUGCCAGUAUUCGAAGAAUUUUGGACCCAUCCACCAUUCUCAGCAAACAUUGACGAAAGUGGUAGAAUCUAUGCGCGUGGAGCACAAGAUAUGAAGUCAAUUGGAACGCAAUAUUUAGCUGCGAUUCGAGCAUUGAAACGAGACGGAAUCGAGCAAUUGAAGCGAACUAUUCACGUGAUCUUUGUGCCAGAUGAGGAAAUCAACGGAACGUAUGGAAUGGAGGGAUUUGUAACAUCAAAAGAAUUUACCGAUUUAAAUGUUGCGUUUUCGUUGGACGAAGGUGAUCCAUCUCCGACGAAUGAGUUGAUUUUGUACCAUGGAGAACGAUCGAGUUGUGCUGUGGAAUUCACAUGUUACGGUCAAUCUGGUCAUGGAUCAUUGUUCUUGAAAAAUACGCCAGGCAAGAAGGUCCAAUUUCUGAUAAACAAAUUCAUGGAGUUGCGAGAUGUCGAGGAAGGAAAACUGGAUAGUAACAAGAACCUUAGCAUCGGCGAUGUAACAACAAUUAAUUUGUCUAUGAUGAGUGGUGGUGUCCAAAAUAAUGUCGUUCCCGGUGAAUUCACCAUUGUCUUCGACAUACGAUUAGCCGUUGAUGUGGAUCAUGAUGAAUUCUAUCGAAUGAUCGAACGAUGGUGUGACGAAGCCGGAGGCAAUAUCAAAAUCAACUAUCAAUCAAAGGAUCCGAAAUCACCAGUAACCGCGACUGAUGAGACGAACCCGUUUUGGAUUGCUUUUAAAAGGGCCACCGAUGAGUUAAAUUUGAAAAUCAACAAGCAGAUCUGUUCGGGAGGCACAGACAGUCGAUUUCUGCGACUCAAAAACGUUCCGGCUCUGGGAUUCUCACCUAUAUGGAACACUCCAGUCAGAUUGCACGAUCACGAUGAGUUUGUCUACGCGGCCACUUACUUGGAGGGAAUCAAAAUCUACAAGAAAAUUAUUGCCGAAUUAGCCAAUGUAUAAGUAGCUAGCGAUUAGACGGUAAGUCUCUAUAGAAAAUAAAUCCAAUUAAAUUUUCAAGAACUUCGUUUCAAUUAUCCG